AAAUGUGUUUAUACUUUUACAGGGCUGCUUUUUAACAUGUAAUUAAUUAACAUAAUCGACUACAGUCAGCAGAAAUCAGACGGUGUCUGAUAACGAGUCUUCAGCCGCUGCUAUUCGCAAGGUGAACGCAAGGUUACGUGUCUUACGACGUGAUUUAACUCCUGACAGCUGCAGCUCACCGAGUCACAUAAGUUCACAGUGACAAACUCCCUGAUGAGCUGCUCUCACGCGCACAUCAAUGCGAUUUAAUAACGCUGGCUCUCGGAACCGGGGCGAGACGGUUUCAUGUCGCCGCCGUGUUGAGCGCCAGGGCCGGGGUGGCCAUGAGCCGCUUUGAGCCCGGCUCCAGCAUCGGCUACGGGAAGAUGCACGAGAACAUCAGCAUCGUACGCAGGAGGCUCGGCAGGCCCCUGACUCUGUCCGAGAAGAUCGUCUACGGCCACCUGGACGAUCCGGCGGGGCAGGAGAUCGACCGCGGCCGCACCUACCUGCGCCUGCGUCCGGACCGCGUGGCCAUGCAGGACGCCACGGCCCAGAUGGCCAUGCUGCAGUUCAUCAGCAGCGGCCUGCCCAAGGUGGCCGUGCCCUCCACCAUCCACUGCGACCACCUGAUCGAAGCUCAGAUCGGAGGAGCUCAGGACCUGCAGAGGGCAAAGGAAGUGAACCAGGAAGUGUACAACUUCCUUGCGACUUCCGCUGCUAAAUAUGGAGUCGGCUUCUGGAAACCAGGCUCAGGGAUCAUCCACCAGAUCAUCCUGGAGAAUUACGCCUAUCCGGGGGUGAUGCUCAUCGGGACCGACUCCCACACGCCCAACGGCGGCGGCCUUGGCGGCAUCUGCAUCGGAGUGGGCGGAGCCGACGCCGUUGACGUCAUGGCUGGAAUCCCGUGGGAGCUCAAGUGUCCCAAGGUGAUCGGAGUGAGACUGACCGGGACGCUGUCCGGUUGGACGUCCCCGAAGGAUGUCAUCCUGAAGGUCGCCGGCAUCCUGACGGUGAAAGGCGGCACGGGGGCCAUUGUGGAGUAUCACGGACCUGGAGUUGACUCCAUUUCCUGCACUGGAAUGGCCACUAUCUGCAACAUGGGCGCUGAGAUUGGAGCCACCACCUCGGUUUUUCCCUACAACCACCGCAUGAAGACGUACCUGCAGAAAACCGGCCGCCGAGAAAUUGCCUCGGCUGCCGAUGAGUUCAGAGACGACCUCGUUCCGGAUGAGGGCUGUGAAUACGACCAAGUCGUCGAGAUCAACCUCAGUGAGCUGAAGCCUCACAUCAACGGGCCGUUCACCCCCGACUUGGCCCAUCCCGUGUCUGAGAUCGGAGCCGUCGCCAAGAAAAGCGGCUGGCCCCUGGAGGUUAAAGUCGGUCUGAUCGGCAGCUGCACCAACUCCAGCUACGAGGACAUGGGCAGAGCCGCCUCUCUGGCCAAGCAGGCUCUGGACAAAGGCCUGAAGUGUAAGGCCCAGUUCACGGUCACGCCGGGCUCGGAGCAGAUCCGCGCCACCAUCGAGAGAGAUGGAUAUGUGAGUCAAAAAUACACAGGAAGAGAAAGAAAGUUCAGCUUUUUAUGAGACAUCAAAUAUCUA